GUUAUUUCAUUGUCAUCGGUCCCGGCGCCCGCGAGUGUUGUCGUUUCGUACCGUAAUAACAAAAUUUAAAUAAAUUAAUUUAAUUAACAUAAUUUUCUUAAUCAAAACUGACGUUCUGCUACUCAUUAACAAACGCGCAAUAGAUUUGUUUUUGACAAUCCUAUUAAUAUGUUGUAUGAUUCAAUGUAAUACAACGUUAGGGUUCUCUUCUUUGUUUUUAUUUAUUUAAAAAAAAAACCGUUAGAGCGUGUCGGAGUGCGCCUUCUUAACUUAUUUCAUAUUAUAUCUCUGGCGAGAAUUUCAUAAUGACAACGGAAACGGCCAAGUCGAUUUUUGCGGUCGAAGGACAUCAUCCACGUUUUGACUACAGCAAACUGGACGAUCCAAAAUCCUAUUGGAACAUGGUCGGUUCGGCGGGUCAUGGCGGAAGCGUGGUAUUGGGCUCAGGCGCGCAUCAAGUGCUCCAGGCCACUGCAUCCACCGAAAGAUUCUGGGCAGAAGAACCCGAAGAGGAAAUUAAACGCAAAGUACAUGACGCCAAGACAAAGUUCCACCGGAACCGACAACUCCAGCUCAAACAUCUUCCGCGUACAGUCACCGAAGAUGAAAUUCGUAAAGCUUUAAUUGAAUUCCCGAUCGAAAGUGUCCAUAUCAGUACAACUUCAGGCAGUAGUAUGGCCAAAGUGAUAUUAGAAGAUCCAGAACUUCGAAUGGAAGAAUGGGAUUUCAAUAAACAAUUUCUUAUUAGAGGACAACGUAUUCCGGUGUCACCUACUCCUACUGAAAUGCUCUUAUGUGUUGCUCGUUUACCUUUAAGCUACACAGAAGAACAAUUUUCUCAACUAAUUCAGAUGUAUGGAGAAGUAGAAAAAUCGUUCUUGAUAAUCAGUGAAAAAACUGGUGAGAAUAAAGGAUAUGGUUUUGUGGAGUAUACUAAAAAAGAGUAUGCAAUUGCUGCUAAAAGUGGUUUAGAUGGCAAAGAAAUAAGAGAUACAAAAUUAGUCUGUGACUGGCUUGAUGGAAGUCAUAUUACAUAUGAAUCACUUCAUUCUAAAUGUCUAUAUGUUGAUAAAUUACCAACUGGAUUCAGAGACAUGAGUGAAUUUAGACAAAUGUUUGCUAAAGUUGUAAAUCCACCUUAUUGCCAGAUUGCUCUCAAAAAUGGAUGUCCAUUGGAUUGGGGACUAGUUGAGUAUAAUUCAGCUGAAGAUGCUGAGAAAGCUCAAACAGAAUUAAAUGGUCAUAUUUUAAGAGGACAAAAAAUUCGUAUCACAUAUUACAUACCUGGGGUUCGAGCUAUUAAUUUAUUUUUAAAAUUAUUAAAUGAACCGAGUAAAUCCAAGUGUGGAGGGCUCUUACCAGACCCUCCUCAAGAAGUUAUUGAACAAUCACUUCAAAAUCUUUCCAAACAAAAUCCAAUUUUUGCUCAAAAUCUUCAAAAUAUUAUUUUCAAUCAAAUUAAAGCAUCUCAAAUGGGUCCUGAAAUACCAGAUUAUUCUGAUUCUUCAUUAAGGUCACAUUUACUUAGUGGAAAAGUUCCUCCAGCAAUGCUCCAUUCACCAACUAGUUUACCAUUCAUUGGUUCAGCUCCAGAGCCAUUUGGGGCAAGAUUGUUACCUAGUCCCCCAGUUGGAGAAGUCCCUCCUCAUUUAGCUUCUGGAUUAUUUGAUGGAGAUCUGACAAAUCCAAUACUUGCAAAUUAUUAUAGAGAACUAUUGACAGCUCAAAUUCUUGCUGGAGCUACUAAGACAAAUGGAUUUGUAGGCUUACCUAAUAGUCAUAAUCCAACAUUUGGUGACAAUGUACAGACCAAUAAUAAUAAUUUAAAUCAUGUUGAUGCCGUACAAAAAGCAUACCAAAACCAAAAUUUACAACAUAAUGUUGGUCAACAGCACAAUCAACAACAGAAUAUAGUUAUUAACAUCUUUGGUGGUGUUAAUUCCACUACUCCACCAGCGACGCCAACUCCAACAACGCCAACAUAUCCAUUUGGUUCUUCAUUGUCCAUAAAUAUGGAUCAAACAUGGUCCAAGAAUACUCAAACAUCAACUACUGAUACGUACUUAGCCAGUCCAAUUGCUGCUCCAGAAAAAUCAUUGAGUUAUUCUCCAUCAUCAACAUGGUCUUUACAAAGCAGCAAUUCAACUCCAUCUCCACAAUCUCUUUAUUCUCCAUUAGCUCCUAAUAUUUGGACACCAACUUCAUCAACUUCAUCUCUUUCGAGCCAAGAUUCAUCUCGUGGCCAAAAACGAGGUAUUCCUCCAUCACCUGAAUUGAGUCCUGAAGGUAUGUAUAUUGGACAACACUCGCAAGGUAUUGGUGGUCACUAUGCUGACUCAUAUUUAAAACGUAAUAAGAAGAACUAAUGCAGCAAAACAUGACUUAGAUAAUUCUAUCUCUUUUGAAAACAAAUAUAUUAUUUUUUCAUUUAUUUUAAACUUGAUAUUUUUAACAUUUUUUGAAAUAGUAAUUUUAGUAAUUAUUUGGAAACAAAUUUUAUUAGUCCGUACUUUAUAUUGCUAUCACCAACUUUAAUUUGAAAAAAUAAUACAAUAUCCAACUUGUCUAUUUCUGUUUAUUUUUAUAAUAUUAUUUACAUCUCUUUUUAGAAUUAAUAUAUUUAAAAACGGACUAUUAUUUAUUCAAUUAUAAUAUUACUUAAGUUCAAUAUUUGACUGAAUUGAUUAGCUUUCAUAUUCAAAUUAUUAUUAUUAUUAUUAUUAUUAUUUUUUGAGAAAAGCAAACAAAAAUCCUUAUAUAUAAGCUCACUAUGUUUUGACUUUGUAUAUUAAUAUUAAUUAA